AUGUACCGCACAGAAUGCACCGUCAUGUUUGUCCCGUCUCUCUUCCUGUUUCCACAGAAGCUGCUGCUCCGGCGACACACCUGGGGGCCUGCUGGGAUAAACACAGGUCUGCUGGAGUGUGCUGGUGCAUUGUGGGAGGUCCCUCCCAGGCACACUUACCCUGACCCUGGGGUUAUCGCUGCGGCGUGCAGUGGGAAUGGGUCCUGGGACGUGGGCUUCAUGCUCGUGAAUAUGUGUGUGGGUAAUGGAGACUCAGAGCUCCGUUCAUGCGUGUGCGGCUCCAUCUGGGGCCUGUUUGCAGACGCAGAAACACAAGCAGAUGUGGAGCUGAAACAACAUCGUCUGGAUCCGGUUACACAGGAGGACUAA